GGAGAGGUAAAAAAAAAAGGCACUUCCUGGAGGGGGCGGGUACAAUACGUCAUCAGUGUGCUGCGACCAGGGCUGCAAGGAUAGAGAAAAAUUGCAGAGAUGCCAGUGGCAGUUGGACCCCAUGGGCAGUCACAGCCCAACUGCUUUGACAGAGUGAAAAUGGGCUUCAUGAUGGGAUUUGCAGUGGGUAUGGCAGCUGGAGCUCUAUUCGGCACAUUUUCGUGCCUAAGAAUCGGAAUGAGAGGACGUGAGCUCAUGGGUGGCGUCGGCAAAACAAUGAUGCAAAGUGGUGGCACCUUUGGAACAUUCAUGGCCAUUGGGAUGGGAAUUCGAUGUUGAUCUGCUUGUUGUCUCUUGCUUGUUAAUCGUUCUGUACAAUAAAUCCAUAAAGAAUUUCACCCAGU